CAUUACAGUUUAUCGUUAGCCAUCGCAGUGAAAAGUUCGUGUCGUCCUGUAUAACUGAGAGUGAAAAAGUGAAAAUUUGCUGGAGAAAUCAUCCAAAUCGUAGUGAAAAUUGUGCAAAACCGUAACCAAAGCGAUAGCCAGAAAGCUCCCUCUGAUAAACGAGUGCAGUAUUAAGCUUCUCAAGAAUGGCUGAACCCAACGCUACUAAUGGGGGUGAUAGUGGAGAUUUAGACGAAAAUCUGUUCAUAAACCCGUCCGAUGGCCUCCCAAACGAGCACCCGGCUUUGCCAAGUGCCUACGACUCGGACAACGAAUCUAAUCCAGUGGACGAUGAUCUGCUGGAAGAUUUGCCGACGUCAAUUAUCGUUACCAACAUCCACUCCGAAGUGUUUGCCAGUGAUGAGCUGAAGGCUCGUAUGGAAGAGCUGUUCAAGACAUUUUCAGAGAAUACCACAUUUCAGUGGUUGAAAAGCUUCCGACGACUACGGGUAAACUACGAUACCGCUAUCGCUGCAGCCAAUGCUCGCAUCCAGCUACAUCAAUAUCCCUUUGGAAAGUCCGUCAUUACCUGUUACUUGGCCCAACCGGUGACGCCGGUUUCCAACACCAAUCUCAAGCCACCGGCACCGGUUAAGCAGUUUCUUAUAUCCCCACCAGCAUCACCCCCAGCUGGAUGGGAACCAGCCGAAGAAAAUGAACCCUUGGUCAAUCACGAUCUGUUGGCAGCACUGGCCAAUUUGACCCCGGGAGAGAUUCACGAAAUUCACGCCCAAUCGGAAAGCCAUCCCGGUAUAGUACUUCACACAGCUCAUGGAGGUGCCGCGGACGACGAUCCAAACAACCGGUCAUCCGGUGGAAGCAGCUUCGAAGAGGAUGACGAUGGCUUCCCGCGGAAAGGUCGAAUCGUGCAGACCCGCUGUCCAGAACGGCAGAAUUCCACCUAAAGCGGUACCUUGGGCUGAGCCCGUCACUUUUUAGAUAAUAAUUGUGAUUUUAUUGAUGCAACUCUUUGUGUUUUAUGUUCUUUUUUAAACGUUAAGUAUCGUCCAAAAAGAGGGUAGUCGUAUUUUAAUUUUGUUGGUGCAGCAUUAGCGAAAUGCGUGAAAACAAAGUCCUAACAUUUUUUUACAUUUUUUGUGAAAGUCAUCCUUCUGUGGAAAUCAUUGUUUUUUUUUGUAAAUAAAGGAGAACGGGUGAGUCAUUGUAAAUAUAUACACAAUUGUUAUGAUAAGUUUCAUUCAUUUAGUUACUCUUCAAAACAGCUUCAGACUUAUCGAAUAUAUUAAUUUUAAACAUGCUGAGCAAAUGAAGUUUUACUUUCGAUGCUAAACAUUCAAAAUGUUCUUACAAGAAAUAUCUAUAACAAAUUAUCGGAUCUAUUAAAUAACUUUGUUCGAUGCCGAAGUUAAGAGUCCAUGAAACGUAGGUCGUGAGUUCUGUAGAUAUGUGGGUGUUGGCAGCGUUUUCGAAUUACUGAGGAAUAUGUUCAAACAUAAUUAUUACACUGAAUUCUGUUUUUAUGCGAUGGAUGCGUCCGCGCAAAAAAAGUUUGCGUAAUUUAGAAAAAUCACGCAAAAAAUCCAAAUCUAUUUGCUUAGCGCAAAUGAUCAGAAUCGCGUAAAAAAGUCGUAUAACUGCGACAAAACCGUACAAAAUAAAAUCGCGUAAAAAGUCGUAUAAAAACAGAAUUGCGUGCAUAAUAUGUAGGUAUGUAAUAUACAUAUAUUUUUUUUAGUUAGAACUCUAAGAACGGCGGUAACCAGAAUGUGUAUUUGCAACCAGCUUUUCAUAAAAGUGGUGUUGAAUUGCGUGGAAGGUCGAAGGAAGGCUUAUUUUCGCAAAGCCAAAACACAUGUUAAUGUGUAAAUUGGUUGUUAAAAAAAACAGGUUACCUACCUUAUUUCACACAAGUAGAUCUAAUCAGCAUAUAAUUUAACAUCUACCUUCUCGAUUUUGUAUGAGCUGACAAUAACAAUAUGGAGCUUAAAAUAAAAGAAGCAUAAAUAAUUCUGUAUUUGACUGCAAGUGAAAUGUCACGAUAAUUCUUUGAAACAUGUUACAUGAACUGAAGUAAACGUGAAAAUAUUGGGACAUUCACCAAUAGUGAACGUCCCAAAAUAGGUUAUCAUAUUUACUUCAAUUCAAACUGUCUAGAGCCCAUUCAGUCAAUACAAAAAGUUAUUUUGGACCAACACCCCAAUAAGAGCGGCCUGCGUUGAGGAUAAAACGUAAUCAUUGAUCUGCCUAGUCUAGUUCACUCAACUGAAACCCAAUCUGGCAAGGCUGGUUGAAACCUAUCAUUUAUGUAAUCGAAACGUAAAAAAAUCAAAGUGAGACUCGGUAGUUGUGAAAGGAAUCUCGUACGUGCGUCUAGAUGCAUUGUGUAAGCUUUAGUAAUGAAAGAGAAAGGUAGAAACACAUUAUAUAUGGUUAACUGAAUCGAAAAAAUGAAUUAAUUAAUAAGUGAAGUAUAGAAAGAGCAAACAAAUGUAGUAGUGGGUCGACUGCAACAAGGGAAGUGAAAGAAUAAAGUAAAAGAAUAAAGUAACACUACAUGUGAAAUCCUAAUAAAGUUGUAACAAGCAAAAUGCAAAAGACUAUUUUUAGGAGAAAACAUCAAUAGAGAAUGAAACUGACAAGAUUUGAAGAGUUUUAAUUUAUUGAUCGAUAUAUACCGUGUACUUGUCAAUAAAGUUUGAAUAGAUUUAA